AUGGCAUCGUACACCGGACUUGCGGUUUCUGACGAGAUCCUCAAAGACAAGCUCGAGCUCGAGCUGCCCGGACGGGCGGGUGAGGACUCGGCAGACGGCGCGACGGGGGUGACAACGCGGGCGGUCGAUGGAGUCGACGGCGUGACGGUGAGCGAUGGCGUGCUGACGGCGGCACAGUGUGCAGCGCUCAUCGAGCAGGGCUUUGGCGAACGGGCAUCGUCGCACCCGGUCAUGUGGCGGCGGUGGGCCGACGAUCCCGAGGCCGAGGAGCGCAAGCUCGGGCGGCGGACCAUCUUCUCGUCGCCCGAGGCUGCGGCGGUGAUGUGGGAGUUUGUCUCGGAUCUGGUGCCCGAGACUGUGGAGACGACGACCGGCGGCGACCGGCAGGUGUGGGCCAAGCGUGGGCUCUCGCCACGGCUCAAGUUUAUCACCUAUGCGACUCGGCAAGACUUUCCUUCCCACUACGACGGCCCGUACGUCGAGUCGCCGCAGCGGCAGUCGUUCUUCUCGCUGGAGUUUCUGGCGCGAAGCUCCAAGUUUGCCGAUCCGUCCGAGUGUGAGGUUGUGGCGUCGGUGCCGCCUGCUGCCGGGCGGGUUGUCAUCAUGCCGCAUCGCCGGCUGCACAAGUCGUCGCCGGUCAAGGGCGGGCGCAAGUACAUGAUCCGGUGCGACGCUGUCUACGAUCUUGUUGAGAGUGAGCAGGUCGAUGCCGCCACUGAUUGA